UCGCCGCGGCGCGCGGACAUGGCGCGAGUAUUGCGCCCACCGAGCCGCACUUUGUGGCGGCAACCAGACGAGUACUAGGAUGUCGCUGAAGACCCCGACGCCGGGCGUCGUCGGCGAACGCGAGACAUGGGGGAAGAAGGUGGACUUCCUGCUCUCAGUCAUCGGCUUCGCCGUCGACCUCGCCAACGUGUGGCGCUUCCCCUACCUCUGCUACAAAAAUGGAGGAGGGGCAUUCCUGGUACCAUACUGCAUCAUGUUGGUGGUGGGUGGUAUCCCGCUGUUCUACAUGGAGCUGGCGCUGGGACAGUUCCAUCGCAAGGGCGCAAUCACCUGCUGGGGUCGGCUUGUGCCGCUGUUUAAAGGUAUCGGAUACGCAGUGGUGUUGAUAGCUUUUUACGUGGACUUCUACUACAAUGUAAUAAUCGCGUGGGCUCUUCGGUUCUUUUUCGCUUCCUUCACGACUAUGCUGCCUUGGACAAACUGUAACAAUGCGUGGAAUACUGAAGCCUGUCAACCGUUCGAAGCGAACUGGACAUCGGUAAACGCAAACAAAUCAACACGCCACAAUUACUCCGUGUCUAACACUCCCGCACAGACCACACAAUUCACAUCUGCCGCUUCCGAAUACUUUAACCGCGCAAUUCUAGAACUUCACAUGUCCGAAGGUAUACAUGACUUGGGCGCUAUUAAAUGGGACAUGGCUCUCUGUCUAUUUACGGUCUACAUCAUCUGCUAUUUUUCGCUGUGGAAGGGCAUUAGUACUUCCGGAAAAGUUGUGUGGUUUACCGCUCUAUUCCCCUAUGCAGUCCUCUUAAUUCUUUUGGUGAGAGGAGUAACUUUACCCGGGUCUGCAACUGGAAUCGAAUACUACUUGAGUCCAAACUUCGAAGCCAUCACUCAACCGCAGGUGUGGGUCGAUGCAGCUACGCAAGUAUUCUUCUCAUUGGGUCCAGGAUUCGGCGUUCUUUUGGCUUAUGCAUCGUAUAAUAAAUACCACAACAACGUUUACAAAGACGCUAUUCUUACCAGCGUCAUCAAUUCCUGCACCUCUUUCGUUGCCGGUUUCGUCAUCUUUAGCGUCCUUGGCUACAUGGCCCACGCAUCCGGCAAAGACGUUCAAGAUGUGGCUACGGAGGGACCGGGACUUGUGUUUAUUGUAUACCCAGCUGCGAUCGCCACCAUGCCGGGUUCCACCUUCUGGGCGUUGAUAUUCUUUAUGAUGCUAUUAACUUUGGGCUUGGACAGUUCUUUUGGUGGUUCAGAAGCAAUAAUAACGGCACUUAGCGAUGAAUACCCGCCUAUUGGUCGGCAUAGGGAGUUAUUUGUGGCGUGUCUAUUCACACUCUACUUCAUUGUUGGAUUGGCUUCAUGCACUACGGGCGGCUUCUACUUCUUCCAACUGCUGGAUAGAUAUGCAGCUGGAUAUUCUAUAUUGGUGGCUGUGUUUUUCGAAGCUAUAGCGGUUUCUUGGAUCUAUGGUACUGAAAGAUUUUGCGAAGACAUCAAGGAUAUGAUCGGUUUUCGACCUGGUCUGUAUUGGAGGAUCUGUUGGCGUUUUGUGGCCCCCGCGUUUCUUCUCUUCAUCAUUGCGUACGGAUUACUGGACUACGAACCUUUGCAGUAUGAGGACUAUGUGUACCCUGGUUGGGCGAACGCUCUUGGUUGGGCUAUUGCGGGAUCCAGUGUCAUUUGCAUUCCGACUGUCGCCAUUUACAAGAUCCUUACUACGAAGGGAACUUUCUUUGAGCGCCUUCACAUCCUAACAACGCCAUACGCCGACACGCACAACACAGUCCAAAAUGGAAUGGUUGUAUCAGAGAGCGGUGGAGUAAAGUUGGCUUCAGCGGUGACCACUCCGGGAACCCCACCAGCCCCUGGCCCUCUGCCUGGACAACCGGCGCUUGUUUGAGCGACGCUCUCCUUCGACGUCUAUUACGUAUAGACGUAAACAAAGCUCAAGAGAAAGAGAUAAUUAUUUAAUGUAAAACAAACUUUCAUUUAAUUUGCGUAAGAUAGAAAUGAAUAUCGAUACUAUUGUUUUCUCUCUCACGCUUACGACAGAAUUUGUUUACAUUCAUUACCUCUUUCGUUGAUCUUUGUUAGACAAAGUGCACGGGACUUUAAUAAAGAUUAUACAUCCGAGAGCGGUGUUAAUGUGUUUAUGCAAGAUAAUUAGGUACUUCAUUUAACAUGAAAAAAACUUCAACUUAAUCUUGGCAAUGCUAUAAUAAUAUAGAUAAAUACUUAGUCGUAGAGCCACGUUUUACAUAUUAUAAAGGCAAUGUAUAUUUCGGCUUUAAACUCGCAGACGGCGUUUAUUUUGAAAGUUGAUCGAUGGUUAAUGCCGACCAUGUAGGUUGAGUAUCUAUCUUUUCAGCUGUCAAAAUUAAAUGCUGUCAUCGAGCGAGUUGCUGAUUUAGGUUUAAAUUGAAAAGAAGCAAUGUAAUAAAAUACCUUCUUAGUUAGUAAUUUAU